UAUAUGAAUAUCUUGUAAAUAUAAACAACAUUAACCAUAAGAAUAACUUAAUUCAUUAUAAUUAAUACAAAUUGAAGAUAAUUACAAUUUAUAUAAUAAUAAAAAGUUGGAAAAUGGUUGAAAUCGAUGAGAAAACCUGUUUAAAUACAAGUGAUGACAAAAAAGCCAAACACUUGGACAGUGUUCACGAAUGCGAUGAACUGUCAAACUCUGAGUCUCCGAUUAGACCCGAGUCUUGUCCGGCAUUUUUUGGUGUGAAGUCGUAUUUGCAUCACUUCUACGAACAGAUGGCCGUCAAAAACCCACAACUCUAUGAGGAAUAUGAAGAAUAUAAGUAUUUGAUUGAACCUAAAGAAAAACGUCGGGCUCUGUGCUUAUGGCGAUCCAUCUUUUGGAUAGGAUUUAUACUUUUAGUUUUUGGUGCAUUAGUCCUAAUGGCCGGCUAUUUGAUGCCUCGUAUGAAUAUAGACAUCCGCUAUCAGGAGGAGAUGCGAAUUAUCGAUCGGGCGGCCUAUAUGUUCAACCAGAACCUCGACUUAUGUAAGAUCAUUGGCUUAUCUGUGUUUUGCGUCGGCGGUGUCCUCUUAUCCUCAUCGCUAUUACUGCCAGGACUAGUAGGCCUUUCCUGUCUCGACGACUCCGAUGACGACGACUCAACACCAUUUAAACUACGGAUUGCAGACAUCGAUGAAUUUGGUGAUGAAAUUGUCGACGAAAACAAAGAUAAGAUACCGGCAACUGAACAACUCAAGAGUGUUCAGCCCAGACGUGAAGAUAAUAUUAUUAUAACCAACUCUGGCCUUAAACAGGUAGACAUGGAUUAG